AUGGAUGCUUUGAGGGAGAUGCCAGUCUAUGCAAAGAUGAUGAAGGACCUAAUGUCACGAAAAUAUGACUUUCAGGACCUAUCCACAGUAACUCUGACACAGACCUGCAGUGCAGUAGUGACAAGAUCCAUGGCUCAAAAGAUGUCUCAUCCAGGUAGCAUUACUAUUUCGUGCACUAUUGGGAGUUAUGCCUUUGCAAAGGCAUUAUGUGACUUAGGAGCCAACAUAAACAUGAUGCCUCUGGCCAUAUAUACCAAACUGGGCAUUGGCAGAGCUAGACCGACUUUGAUGCUUUUGCAACUGGAUGACCGCACGGUUAAAAGGCCGAAAAAGAUUCUUGAUGAUGUGUUGGUACAAGUGGGGAGGUUUGUACUCCCUGCGGACUUUGUUAUUCUGGAUUGCCAGGUAGAUGAAGAGAUACCUAUCAUUUUAGGGAGGCCAUUCUUAGCCACUGGGAGAGCACUGAUCGAUUGUGAAACUAGGGAAUUAAAAAUGUGGUUUAACAAUGAAGAAGUCAUAUUCAAUGUUCAGCAAUCCAUGAGAAGACCCGAGGAGAUGGAUGGUGAAGGUUUGGUAGCGUGGGUCAUGGCACUCGAAGGCCAAGGAUUCUGGAAGAGUGAACCUCAGUUCAAGUCCCUUGAGUUAGAAAAGAGGGCUACACCACUGACAAAACCAUUAGUAGAGGAACCACCCAAACUGGAGCUGAAGCCACUCCCAGCUCACCUUAGGUAUAUUUUCUUAGGGCCUGAUUCUACUUUACCUAUUAUUAUAUCAUCCGGUUUGCUAGCUGUGUAG